AUGGCGUUUUCAGCUUGGAGGAACUUUGCUUCAGACGUUUUGUCGAGUCGUGCUGUCAGCGCGCUCGAAUAUCUUCCACCUGCAUUCUCCUGCAUCAUUGAUUACCCCUUAAGGAUCAAAUCCGGUAGUAAAAAUGGACAUGCUUGUUCCCUUUAUCCUGUCACUGGAAACCCACCCACCCUAUACUCCUUCAAAGCCACCAUAUGGGAUUCCUUCGGAAAAUUCAAGUUUACUUCAGCCACUUUCAUUACACCAUCUCGUGAGCCUGAACCAUCAUCGCUCGAUGGUUACGAUGCUGAGUGGAGCCAGGAUCUGGAUGCAUAUAUCAUCAUACUUGCCGAUUUCGUGCCUUCAUCUAUAAGCUCACUCAAUUCAAUCUUCGGAACGAUCACGUUGCCAGAUUCCACAACCGACCUUAUUCGCAUCCAAAUCACAUACCGGUCCCGUUCAAACGUCCUAGACAAUAUCCAACCAAUGGACGCGAAUGAACUGUUUGACAUCAAGUGUUUCCCACCAACAGUUCACCAGUACUUAGAAGACCAGGUCCAGUAUGAUUUUGGGUUGUUUGCAGUUCGUGAUGUUGAUAUUGUGCCAGAAGUAGAAGAGGUAUCCGCGUUGGUCUUGGGUAGAUCCCCAACGCCAUCCGAUUCUGAGGUUACCGACCCAAGCGACAUUAAGGAGCUGCUUAAAGUUGAAGAUUUCGUCUGGGCCGAUGAUUCCGCAAUAGAGUCACUGAGGAAACAGGGGAAUGUUGAAGGGAUUGUUGAAAAGGAUAUUUCGGCGCGUGAUGUUGAUGGUGUACCAGAGCUGGGCUUGGAUACAUCCCCGACACCAACCGAUUUUGUCUUUACCGACCUAAGCGACAUCGAAGAAUUGCUUAAGGUUGAAGAUUUCGUCUGGGCUGAUGAGUUUGAUGAUUCCGUAUUGGAGCCACUGGAGAAGCCAGAGGAUGUUGAGGCGAUUGCUGCAAAGGGCAUUUCAAGUCUUCUGAAACUGAAGAGGUUCAAUUGGUCUAACGAGUUUGACGACGAAUGUCUGGAGGAAGAAAAGAAGGAAGAUACUAAGGACACAUCAGUACAUCGUUCGGUUGACCACAUCAUGCCACGAAAUCUCUCUGGUCUGGCCGUUGUGGGCGAAGACCACUUCAAGCACAUCAAGCCAUCAAACGACAACACUCCACCGCAAAAUAUUGACGUAUAUUUGGACUCGUCACCGCAAUAUCCAACUUGUGAGGAAGCGCCAUACGAGCAAAUGAUGACUCCGGCCCAAUUCCAGUUCGCGAUGGAUCAAUCGUACCACUGUUACUCUGAAGCGAAGAACGAAGUAUAUUGGCAGAUUUGCCAAACAUACGAUUAUCCCGACAUCCACCACUUCAACUGGCUCGGAGAACGCGUGAUGGAACGCAGCUACACCUCUCCGGAAGUGUCUCUGUUCAUCAUUCUCUCUGCUCCAAAGGCAUACUUCGCCAAGCACACAGGACGACAAGCCGUGACCCUCCGCCAAGCCAUGAAGUUCGUGGAUCCAGUCCUCUUCUCUGGCAACUGGGAUGACUUGAAGUUGACCGGCGAGAAUCUAAUGAAGGCCAUCACCGGCCGCACAUUCCGUUUCUACACGGACAUGGGCACAUGGCUAAAUGACGAGCUCGAUGCAGACAUGCAAACAGCCGUCAUCGACGAAUCGAGCCCUUGCCUAUAUGCGAGCAAGCCUUGGCUCCCGCUGAAUGGGUGGGUUGAGACUCACUACGCCUACACCCGUUGGGAGUAUGGCACUGAGGCCAAUAGGCUGGCGGAUGCGGUACCCAGCAGAAGGCAUGGGCGCCAGCAGAGCCGAAGCUCACCACUUCGGCAAUUCACGAUGGCCGGUGACGUCAACAUCGAGCCGAAUUAG